AUGACAGAGUUGCAUCAGGCAGCAGCUUCUGGGGACUUUGACCUUGUAUUGGACAUUCUGAGAAAGAAUCUAUGUGAUCCCAACCAAAGAGACAUUGACUGGAAUGGUAAAACACCACUUCAUUGGGCAGCAGCCAAAGGACAGACAGAAACAGCGAGGAUCCUAAUAGAGAACGGGGCCAGACCUUGUCUGAGAGCUGACAAUGGCUGGACGCCGGCCCACUUCGCAGCUGAGUCUGGACGACUAGGAGUGCUGCGUCUGCUGCACUCUCUCCAUGUCCCCAUAGAUAAGGAGGAUUGCUCUGGUGACAAACCAAAAAGGAUAGCGGAAAUCUACGGGAACAAUGAUUGUGUUCGGUUCCUACACACCGCAGAGAAAGAAUGCGAGCAAUACCGCAAGAUGUCAGUGCUGAAAGGCAUGCAUCUGGAGGAUACAGAUGAUGAGUGGGAGGAUCCCAGAAGGGAGCAGGACCAAGGAAGGGCCGCAAAGGGUUAACCCAAAACUUCUGCAUGAAUUACGAAUACAUUUCUCAGACUCCAUUGUGUUACACUGUUAAAUUUGAUAAAAGGCAAAUGCAUAAACUAAUGAGAUUUUUGAAGGUGUGCUACAGAAAUCAUCAAAUGUGUAUUCACAGUCUGUGAUAUCAGAUUUGUAAAAUAAUAUCUCCAUAUCUGUAUUCACAUUUGCAAGUGGAUUGAGAUGUGUUAUUGUGUAGACAAAUCUGUAAAAGUGUACUGUAGAUCUGACCUAAGUUUCAACCAACUAAAGUCCAUGAAAAUGUUACUGUGUAAAGCCAGGCAAAUAAACUGGGAAGGCUUACAUACAUUUAAUUGUCAUUC